GCUCUUUGGGCGGUGAGGAGCCGUGACACGCCUUUGAGGAGAAAUCGCCGGGUUUUAACCGCGAGUCGUUCGUGAGAGCAGAGUGGUGUGAGGAGUUUUCAGAGAUAUUCUUACGGCAAAAUGGACCAUUCGGCCGUGAAGAGAAUAGUAAACAACAUCAUCAAGUCGCCCGAGGACAAACGAGAGUAUCGGGGACUAGAAUUGGCAAAUGGCAUCAAAGCGAUUCUCAUCAGCGACCCCACCACAGAUAAAUCCUCAGCAGCCCUUGAUGUCCAUAUAGGAUCAUUGUCAGAUCCGCCAAAUAUUGCUGGCCUUAGCCAUUUUUGUGAGCACAUGCUGUUUUUGGGAACCAAGAAGUAUCCCAAAGAAAACGAGUACAGUCAGUUCCUCAGCGAGCACGCGGGGAGCUCCAACGCCUUCACCAGCGGAGAGCAUACCAACUACUACUUUGAUGUGUCGCACGAACACUUGGAAGGCGCCCUGGACAGGUUCGCGCAGUUUUUCCUGUGCCCUCUGUUUGACGAGAGCUGCAAAGACAGAGAGGUGAACGCCGUUGAUUCCGAGCACGAGAAGAACGUGAUGAACGAUGCCUGGCGGCUGUUUCAGCUGGAGAAAGCCACGGGCAAUCCCAACCAUCCCUUCAGCAAAUUUGGGACAGGUAACAAAUAUACCUUGGAAACUAGACCCACCAAAGAAGGCAUCGAUGUAAGGCAAGAGCUGUUGAAAUUCCAUUCGACUUAUUAUUCAUCAAAUCUGAUGGCCAUUUGCGUCCUGGGGCGAGAAUCCCUAGAUGAGCUAACCAGUCUGGUGGUAAAGCUGUUCUCAGAAGUGGAAAACAAAAAUGUCCCUUUACCCGAAUUUCCCGAACAUCCUUUUCAGGAACACCAUCUUCGGCAAAUUUACAAGGUAGUUCCUAUUAAGGACAUUCGCAAUCUCUACGUGACAUUUCCAAUCCCAGACCUUCAGAAAUACUACAAAUCAAACCCCGGUCACUAUCUCGGGCAUCUCAUUGGGCAUGAAGGUCCUGGAAGCCUCUUGUCUGAACUCAAGGCCAAGGGUUGGGUAAAUACUCUUGUUGGAGGACAAAAAGAAGGGGCCAGAGGCUUCAUGUUUUUCAUCAUUAAUGUGGACCUGACAGAAGAAGGACUUUUACAUGUCGAAGACAUCAUUUUGCACAUGUUUCAGUAUAUUCAGAAGUUACGAACGGAAGGACCUCAAGAAUGGGUUUUCCAAGAGUGCAAGGAUUUGAAUGCUGUAGCAUUUAGGUUCAAAGAUAAAGAGAGACCCCGGGGUUACACGUCUAAACUAGGAGGAAUGCUGCAUUAUUAUCCCUUAGAAGAAGUGCUUGCUGCUGAAUAUUUAUUGGAAGAAUUCAGGCCUGAUUUAAUAGAGAUGGUUUUAGAUAAAUUGAGGCCAGAAAAUGUCCGGGUUGCAAUAGUUUCUAAGUCUUUUGAAGGCAAAACAGAUCAAACCGAAGAGUGGUAUGGAACGCAAUACAAGCAAGAAGCUAUCUCAGAUGAAGUCAUCAAGAAAUGGCAGAAUGCUGACCUAAAUGGGAAAUUCAAGCUACCGAUGAAGAAUGAAUUUAUUCCCUCCAACUUUGAGAUUUUACAACUGGAAAAGGAAGCACCAUCAUAUCCUGCACUUAUCAAGGACACUGCCAUGAGCAAACUGUGGUUCAAACAAGAUGACAAGUUUUUCUUGCCAAAAGCUUGUCUCAACUUUGAGUUUUUCAGCCCAUUUGCUUAUGUGGAUCCCUUGCAUUGUAACAUGGCCUAUUUGUACCUUGAACUCCUCAAAGACUCCCUCAACGAGUAUGCAUAUGCAGCAGAACUAGCUGGCUUGAGCUAUGACCUCCAAAAUACCAUCUAUGGGAUGUAUCUGUCGGUGAAGGGGUACAAUGACAAGCAGCCUAUUCUGUUAAAGAAGAUCGUUGAGAAAAUGGCCACCUUUGAGAUUGAUGAGAAGAGGUUCGAAAUCAUCAAGGAAGCGUACAUGCGUUCUCUUAACAACUUCCGAGCAGAACAACCUCACCAGCACGCGAUGUAUUACCUCCGACUGCUCAUGACCGAAGUGGCCUGGACCAAAGACGAAUUGAAAGAAGCUCUGGACGAUGUCACCCUGCCUCGCCUCAAAGCCUUCAUUCCUCAGCUUUUGUCCCGGCUGCACAUCGAAGCCCUGCUCCACGGCAAUAUAACCAAACAGGCCGCGUUGGGAGUCAUGCAGAUGGUGGAGGACACGUUGAUCGAACACGCUCAUACUAAGCCCCUCCUUCCAAGCCAAUUAGUUAGGUAUCGAGAAGUCCAGCUCCCUGACAGAGGCUGGUUUGUCUAUCAGCAGAGGAACGAGGUUCACAAUAACUGCGGCAUCGAGAUCUACUACCAGACGGACAUGCAGAGCACCUCCGAAAACAUGUUUCUGGAGCUCUUCUGCCAGAUCAUCUCCGAGCCGUGCUUCAACACGCUGCGGACCAAAGAACAGCUGGGUUACAUCGUGUUCAGCGGUCCCCGGCGGGCUAACGGCAUCCAGGGGCUGCGCUUCAUCAUCCAGUCGGAAAAGCCGCCUCACUACUUGGAGAGCAGAGUCGAGGCCUUCCUGAUCACCAUGGAGAAGUCCAUCGAAGACAUGACCGAAGAGGCCUUCCAGAAGCACAUCCAGGCGCUGGCCAUCCGCCGCCUGGACAAACCAAAGAAACUGUCGGCGGAGUGCGCCAAGUACUGGGGAGAGAUCAUCUCCCAGCAGUACAAUUUCGACCGAGAUAACACUGAAGUUGCCUAUUUAAAGACCCUUACCAAGGAGGAUAUCAUUCGGUUCUACAAGGAGAUGCUGGCGGUCGAGGCCCCGAGGAGACACAAGGUGUCCGUUCACGUCCUCGCCAGGGAGAUGGAUUCCUGUCCCGUCGUAGGCGAGUUCCCGUGUCAAAACGACGUCAAUCUGGCCGCGGCCCCAGCUUUGCCCCAACCCGAGGUGAUCGAGAACAUGACAGCGUUCAAGCGCAGCCUGCCGCUCUUCCCCCUGGUGAAGCCACACAUCAACCUCAUGGCCGCAAAGCUCUGAAAGCCCCCACCCGCCGGCCAGGCACAGGCAGACGAGCCUUGGUGGCCCCCUCCCUUCUCCUCCUCCUCCUCUUCCUCCCCCACCACGUGGUGGUCCGCCCGCCACGGCCCCCUCCUCACCAGGGAACGCCCGCCACGGAGGCCCCGUCGGCCCCACGGCUCAGUCGACCUCGGCCCUGAAACGAGAGAUUCAGACAGUUAGGAGAAUCAGCCGCAGUCACGUGUCACUCUGUAGAGAAACCAUUAAAACCCAGUUUGAUUUAUUACAGCCUCGUAGAUGCAGUGUAUUUUAAACUAUGCCCCCCAUCACAACCCCCAUCCCUCCACCCCCCCCCCCCCCCCCCCCCCCCCCGGUAGUUAUGGCUUCCCGAAGGGAAUCUCCCACGUGGCACACCGGGAUCCCCGCAGACGGUCCCCUCCCCGGCUCCGCAAAGUGACGCCGUUUAUUCGAAAGGAGAGAGAGUCCUCCGAAAGAAAAGCACGGAGGCUCCGGGGAGCUGUCGAACGACCCCGACCCAGCCUGGGAUCCAUUUGCUCCGUUCAAGGGAUCGAUGAUGGAAACCGGCAAUUGGACAGAUCUCCGAACGGGAAGACCCAGUUCCUUUCCCAAGGAAGACCUGGAGCCCACAGGCAUGGUUUUAAUCUUUUUAUACGUUUCGGGACUUUUCUACAGACUGAGGAUGCCGGCGCUCUGUCCUCGCGUGUGCGCAUGCGAGCGUGGGGCAAGUUUCCGAAAGCGCUCAGAAGCCGCCACCCGGCCCAGGUUCAGCUCUCAGAGUUUCUCUGGCUCCGUUUUAGACUCAGCGCUUCUAUCUAACUGCCGUCUCGGUCGUUGACGUGGCGGGGGUCCGGCCGUUUCCUUUCCACCGGACCCGGGAUGAACGAGGCGGUCCGGGUGCCCCCUGGAUCCCUUCCUGAAGCUUCCUUUUGAGCUUCCAUUUCAUGAGAAAUCUCUCCUCCAACGUUGUGGGAAGACCUCUUGCCUUAAACCAGUGCACGCUUUUUCGAGGAGGGCCGGGGGAACUGUUUUAAUCCAAGACGGGCUUGCUUUUUGAGGUCAGGUCAACGCGGUAGGCCUGAUCGCUCUUCAAAUAUGCAACGUCUCACUGGGACGAACCCGGCCCCAGUUGUGGCCCGGGGGAGACCCGGGCGGGGAGAACGGUCGUUCCUGGCACGUAGGCCCCUCCGGAAAAUAGAUCCGGAUCCAUCCGCGGUGGGCCCCGCCGGCACGAGGCAAGGUAUCGCUCUGGCAUCCGGUGUUUUCCGCAGGCGGAGCAGUCGGACCCUCAGACUUGGGCGAGGGUCCCCAGUGGGUCGGCGUGGCGCGGUGUCCCGCUUCCCCGGCAAGGAACUCUGGGAACACCCCUGUCUCCCCCUCCUACUUUUUCAGUCCCGCCUCUUAGCCGGCGGCGUGGAUCCCGGACGUCUGAAUCUCUCCCGGGUCGAAAGCGGCCGGAUCGGCGAGGCCGCGGCGGCCAGCGCGAGGAGGGAUUCCGUGCCGUUGGGACCGGGGCCCCGACCCGCUGACCCCCGGGUGGGUGGGAAACUCCAGCGGACUACGGUCCCGGGGACUCGCCCGACUCGUUGACGGUGACCGGCAGACUCCGAUCUCUGCCUAUUUUAAAAGCGCGGAGGGUGACUGAUCAUCGGCAAGGAACGUCGGUUGCUUUCAGGUGCCCUCCGGGGUUUCCCCCUUCUGAGUUUGACCCAGUAGGACCUUUCCGACAACUCAGGCGUUAUUCCGGCUUCACUUCGGUGGAGACAAGGCUGCUCUGUGUAUGUGCGCGCGUGGCGUGUGUGUUUCCAAGCAAUAACUGACUGCCCGGGACACUGUCAUUCUCUCUCUCUCUCUCUGUGCUCGUUACAUCAGAUUGGUGAAAUCACUUCUAAGUUAUGAUUAGUUCUCUGUAACUCUUCCGGGUGCCCGUCUGUGCGGUGGCUUUGGGCCCCGGGGAGUCUGUGCGUCCCUGCCCACGCGGCAGCCCGCCGGGGGAGGGACCGCGAGGGCCGCCCUGUUUACAAUAAACGAUCUGGAUUUGGA